AUGCCUUCAGAGAAGCAGAUUGGUCACGGGGUGGCUGCAGCCGAUGACGCCCACCCCAAGGACAUCCAGAUGGUCAACAUGAAGAUCCAGGAUGAGGCCGGCGAGCUUGCGGCUCAGGCUCUGAUGAUGGGCGAGCUCGACCAGGAGAGCGCACGCAAAGUGCGCCGCAAGAUUGACAUGCGCAUCCUGCCCUUCCUCUGCAUCACUUAUGCACUCCAGUUCAUCGACAAGACGUCUCUCGGCUACUCGUCGGUCUACGGCAUCAUUCCCGACAACGGGCUGGUAGGCCAGCAGUAUUCUUGGGCGAGCUCCAUCUUUUACUUUGGUCGCUUCCCUGUGGCCAAAUUCCUGGGUGUAAACAUCAUCCUCUGGGGUGCUGUGCUGCUCACAACUGCUGCGUGCUCUUCGUUUGCGGGACUCGCGAGCGUGCGCUUUAUUCUAGGCAUGACCGAAGCUACCAUUUCCCCAGGCUUCGUUGCCGUCACGGGUAUUUGGUGGACACGUCAAGAACAAGCAGGGCGAUCGGCGCUUUGGAUCUCUUUUCUCGGCGUGGGUAGCUUCGUUGGUACCUUGUUGGCCUAUGGAAUCGGGCACAUCCGCGGCGGCCUUUCGACUUGGAAGUACAUUUUCCUCAUUCUCGGUGCAAUGACGGUCGUGUGGGGUGUCAUAUUCACGCUAUUCGUUCCUGAUUCUCCAGCUCACGUCUCCUGGCUCAACGAGAAUGAAAAGGUGGUCGCCAUCCAGCGUGUUGUCGAGAACAAGACAGGAACGAAAUCUCGGCGCUUUGUCAAGGCCCAGGUUGUCGAGGCCGUGACCGAUCCGAAGAUCAUCGUUCUCGGCCUUAUCUCCUUUGUCAAUGCUAUCGCGUCUGGCGGACUGGCUUUUGGCUCUUUGAUCAUUGCUGGCUUUGGCUUCGACCCUCUGACGACAACAUUGAUGAACCUCCCGCUUUCUUCGGUCCAGGUUGUCUCGCAGCUAUUCUGCGGUUUCUUGGCCAGCAAAGUCACCAACUCCCGUCUGCAUGUAGCCACCGCUGCGAUGAUCCCCCCCAUCAUAGGGACGUGUUUGAUCAACCAGCUGGACCCUUCCAACAAAUGGGGUCGCUUGGCCGGUGUUUGGUUGCUGGGUUCCUAUCCUGUGGGCUUUAUGGUCAUCCUUGGCUUGCUCUCAACAAACAUCGCCGGUAGCACAAAGCGGUCUGUCGCUUCAGGCUGGGUUUUUGUCUGCUAUUGCAUUGGUCAAAUCGCUGGCCCUCAGUUCUUCAAGAGCACAGAGGCACCUUCGUAUCACGGUGGUAUAGUUGCCAUGUUGUGCGGCUUCAUCCUCAACUUGGUGCUUAACCAGGUCUUGCGUAUUUUAUAUGUCCUCGAGAACCGCAAGCUUGACGCGUUCUUGCAAAGCAAGACGGAGGAGGAACUCGUUGAAUUGCGCAAACUGAGCGAGCAGCAAGGUUUCGAAGAUAUCACGGAUCACGAGAAUGUAAGUCUUUAUUUGGUCUCUCAAUUGGGUACACUGCUGACAAGGCGAAAAGGUUAUGUUCCGCUAUGCUCUGUAGAUAUCAACACGGAGGCCUUCGUCAUGUGGUAUGGAGGCAAACUACACGAGUGUCAUCCUGCCAUCAAACCAGCCUCUUAUCAAACACGAUAG